AUGUCGAAGGUACCUAGAGGCAUCGGCCCAGGAUAUCCCAAUGCAGACACUAUUCCGACGCCCACAACGUUGACGGUGUUCAACUGGAAAGAUUCCGUGCCUCCUGCGCCCCGCGAUGAACCAUCGCCUCUGCCUGAGGGUACGCCUAUUAUCCCUCUCCAAAGCGUAAGAAGUCUCACGUGCGGUGGAGACAACGACAGUGGCGCGCGUUGGAUACGCAUAAAAAUACCCAUACCGGGGAACAACAGGUUCUCGGCCCCUUCGAACGCCAAGAGGCACAUGAAGGCAAUCCACCCCAGAGACCUCCCACCGACGGCGAAACCUGAGAAGGAACAGCCGUACAAUUUAAGCGAGGCUCGACGGGACAGCGACGACCAGCUUCGCUGA